AUCGCUCAGUAUAUAAAGCGGGACAACGACGAGCGGAGGACGGCUGGGGACUCGCAGCCCGGGACUGUAAAUAAGACCGCAAAGACUGUGUUUUAUUUACAAGCGUGAUGCCGGCUGUUCUAAGACUCCGUUCCCAGCUGCUUUAACUGUUUUUGGUCAUUUUUGGCGCUCGCUUCUCGACCAUUUCCGUGUGGUUUUUAGCACUACGCGCGUAUAAUGGCGAGCUCGGCUAACUCGAACCAAGUGCCUAGAAUAUAUAAAUCUGUCAUCGAAGAUGUCAUCAACGAGGUACGAGAGCUGUUCCUGGAUGAAGGGGUGGAUGAGCAAGUCCUUCUGGAGCUGAAAACGCUGUGGGAGAACAAGCUGUUGCAGUCCAAGGCAGUGGAGGGCUUCCACACUGAAGAGCAGGCUGCCCUGCAGGCGGUUCACCAGCAGCAGCAGGUCCAGCAGGGGAACCAGCCGACACAGGCCCAGCAAGUCAUCCUCCCACCACAACAGCAGCAAGCUCCCCAGCAGCAAGUCAUUGUACCAGAUCCAAAGCUCCUCCAACAUAUGAGUGCUACUGGGAUGAGUGCAGCAGCGACCGCAGCAACACUUGCGUUACCCACAGGGGUCACUCCGUACCAACAGCUCAUCACAAGCCAAGGUCAGAUCCUGCAGGUUGUGCGUGCACCCAAUGGAGCGCAGUAUCUUAUCCAGCCCCAGCAGCAGAUCCUGCUCCAGCAACAGAUGCAGCCAGGUGCUGUGCAAGCUCCUGUUAUACAGCAGGUCCUGGCUCCUCUACAGGGAGGCAUCCCUCAGCAGACAGGAGUCAUCAUUCAGCCGCAGCAGAUAGUUUUGGCUGCCGGAAACAAAGUCCAAGGCAACGCACAGGUGAUGCAGACAGCGACGAUGGCGGCGCAGCCAGGUCAAGCAGCGGCUCAGGUGCAACAGUCACAGGCUGCUGCUGUUCCCCAGAACCAAGCUCAGCAGCAGCAGCAGCAACAACAGCAGCCUCAGGCUCAGCAGCAGCCGCAGAUGAUGCUGCAGGUGGACGGUGCAGGAGACACCUCUUCAGAGGAGGAUGAGGAUGAAGAAGAGGAGUACGAUGAAGAUGACGAGGAGGAGAAGGACAAGGACGCGGGCGAAGAUGGUCAGGUGGAGGAGGAGCCUCUGAACAGCGGCGAUGACGUCAGCGAUGCAGAGGAUCAGGAGCUGUUCGAUACAGAGAAUGUGGUGGUCUGCCAGUAUGACAAAAUUCACAGAAGUAAGAACAAAUGGAAAUUCCACCUGAAGGACGGGAUCAUGAACCUGAACGGGCGAGACUUUGUUUUCUCCAAAGCCAUUGGGGACGCUGAGUGGUGAGACUGCCGCACGUCCAGAGCAGGAACUCACAAACUCCUUCAGUCCAGUCGACGGUUCUCAUCCACAUCCUGUGACUGGACGCCGUUGCUGGAAGAGUCUUUGAGAACUCUUGACUAACCCCAAAGGCCUGAGAGCCACAUCACACUCGGAGGGAAGAGCCUCUCCCAGGAGAGCGGGAAACAAGCUUUUGGUUUUCUACAUUUCUCUCGACGGCGUUCUCACUUUGGGACGUAAACAUUUCACAUCGUACAGGUGUAGGGGACCAGGGUAACCCAAACCGGCCUGCUACAGGAGGUGCGACUCGUCGUUCAUGAACACCCCAUAGAACUAUGUCAGAAACGCCAUCUUGAUUGCACCAUAGUUGGUUGACUGGAUUGACUCGUGUCUACAUUCAAGUCUUUAGUGCCACCAGUCAGGAUUGUUGCCUUUAGAACGGCCAGAACCAUCUUUUGGCUCAUCGCUUAUUUUCUCCGAUUGUAAUUCUCAAGUUUGACAGUGGUGUGCGAGUUUCAUGUUGUUCAUCCGCCUGUUAUUGUUUUAAAUGUUUUUAAAAAAAUUAUAUAUAAAUAUAUAUUUGAAGGGUUUAAUCGAAGUUUUGCAAUUAAUUUUAUAUUAAAUUUUAAAAUCUGAUAAUUCCUCUCAUCUAUAUAUUUUUUGCCCCCUCUCAACCUCCUUAGUGCGUCAUUCCAUCUAUAAUCCAAAAUGAUAAAACACUGAGUAACUAGAAUCGUCUUGAUGUGUUCGAGUGAGUGAGUGAGUGUGUGUGUGUGUGUUCUCUGCGAAUGUUAGCUUGUUUUUAAUCAUCCGUUUGUUUAGCAAGGUCACCAGAUUUUAAUGUUCAUUGUAUCACUGGAAGGGGAAAUGUAGUGAGUUUGUUCGAUUCCAUUCAUCACCAGUCGUUCACUUUUGCUUUUGAAAGCCACACCAGAAUGUGCUCUUACAACCUAGCAAGUGUUCCUUUUCUCCUCUGUUGGAUGCACCAAGCUCCAUCAUGCUCUUCCACCACUUGUUUUUUGAAAUUCAUUUUUAUCAAGGAGCAUUUCUCUAUUGACGUGAGUUUAAGUGAAAGGCUUAGGUGGGUGUGUUGCGUGUUUCUGCGAGAUUGCUUUCGGUGCCCCUCUUUGAAAUAAUAAAGGACGCAUAUUUUGGCUGACGUGUGGGUUUGACUUUCUAGUUUUUUUUUUCCAAGGAAACACAACAAAGACUUGCACAUUUGAGUCGUCUUCCCUGCACACAUUUCUUACACUGAAAUUUUAGAACAAUCACGAGAUCUUUCAAAAGUGUAGCGCUCGAGUACCAACCUUCACUGUACCGUGAACCCAUGAGUUGUUUCUGUUAGCGGCUUCUUUUCUGUUCAUCACGUGUUCAUGGCUGUGGCGUGUGCCUUUUUUAAAAACGUGUUGAAUUUCUGUUCAAACAAAGCAAGCGAUGAGAGGAAAAUUGUAUCUUCUGCUUUGGUUUUUUUUUUUUUUUUGUCACCUAUUUGCUGUUCAGAUUGAAAUGUAUCGUUCAUUAAUUUUCUAAAUUAAACCAUUUGCAACAAAACAGUGUGUUGUGCUACCUUGUUGUUGAGGAAAAUACAUUUCCCAUCAGUCGAAUGAACUUAUUUUACUGAAAACAUUGCUUAGGUUCAGUAUUAUUGCUAACUCAACUUUCAUUUUAAUCUAUUUUGAAUUUAAGAUUUUUCAAGUCUGUCCGUUCAAUGUGCGACAAAAUGGUUGAUGUAAG